AACAUCUGAGAAACGUAAACAUAGUGGGAAUUUUGACAUGUAUACUCGUUGAUUGUAUUGAUUCUGGUGUUUAUACAAAAGUCUGUCAUAUUCAUUUCAUUAAAGAAGAAGCAGAGGCAUUGGUUACUCUUAUUCAUUUAUGAUAAGUGGCUAAUAUGAGCGACAGCGAUGACGAUUACGCUUUCUUUGGAAGUCCUGUGCGGGAGCUUGAUGAAGAUGAAUUACGAAAGCAAAAAGUCCCUAGAAUUGAGGAUCAGUUUGCCAAGGAUAAACAGGGUCGACGAAGGUUUCAUGGUGCCUUCAGUGGAGGAUUCUCGGCUGGUUACUUUAACAGCGUUGGCUCAAAGGAAGGAUGGACUCCCUCCACAUUUGUAUCGUCCAGAGGCCAGAGGGCCGAUUCCAAGUCUGCUAAGCCCCAAGAUUUUAUGGAUGAUGAGGACCUAGAAUCAUACGGAAUAUCCCCACAAGGAAUCCAAGCUACAUCAAGUUAUGACAGCAAUGACCCUCAAAAGCGCAAGCGUGUGAUAGACCCUGAAGGACCUAUCCCUGGUGUCCCUGUCUUGGAAGAUAUACUCAAACCUGCUAGGGAAACUAUGGGCAUGAAGAUCUUGCAGAAACUGGGAUGGAGACCUGGCCAGGGUGUUGGCCCACGUGUAAAGAGAAUAGAAAAGGUUAAGGCUCAAAAAGACAAGCAGAGGAUGUAUGGAUGUCAGUUGCAUUCAGAUGUGGGAGAAGGUGAUAAAGAUGAAGAUGGAGAUGAAGAUGUAGAUUGUGACUCAGGGGUUACAUAUGCACCUGAUGAUGUUGAAACACUAUAUCUUCCCAACCCGAAACAAGACCAGUUUGGCCUGGGAUACAAACCUCUUGACCGCACUCCUGUACUUGGAGGACACAUAAAUCUGUUUGACCCUUCUCCCCUCAGCAUGAAAGAGAAGAAGAAGAAGGUUUUGAUAAAGGGACAGGCAUUUGGUGUUGGAGCUUUUGAGGAUGAAGAUGAAGAUAUUUAUGCAACAGAAGAUAUGAGUAAUUAUGACUUUGGUGAAGAAAAGAAAGAUGCUCAAAAGAAGAAAAUGGGUCAGAAUUUCCAGUCUCCAAUGACUCUCUUAGGAUUAACAGAAAUGAUUGAAGGUUUCAAGAUAAGUAACAAGCCUAGCCAAGGCCACAAAAUUUAUCCAAGACCAAACCUGCCCAAAGACUUUAGUCCUAAACACCAACCAAGAAAACGGAGAUUUGAGAGAAAGGAAAAUGAGGUGCGAGGCCUUGGCAGACAUGAAAUGACACCAGAACAGCGAGCAAGACUUCUCUCAGAUAAAUCCAAAACAACAGUGGAGAUUAGGUCAGGGGUGAAGAAUGAGGUCAAGCAGUCACAACAACAGACAAAGGGUGAUAUUCAUGAUACCUCAGAUAUUGACAAAAUCUAUGAAGAAUUUAAAACCGCUUCUAUGAAGUCUUCUGAAUUUAAACCAUUUGCAAGAAACUCUGAAAAGCAACGCCGUUAUGAACUGUUCCUCAGGAUGAAGGAAAGAGGCCAGAAAGUAUUCAGCCUGGGAAUGACAGAGUGGGAACGUGAGCGGGAGAUAUGUGAGUUUAACAGAGCAGCACAACUCUUUCAGCCUCUUACAUCUACCAUGGCCAACAGGUUUGUUACGGCAGCCACAUCAGAUACUGGACCUGUGCUGAAAGAUGGAUUGAAUACAGAAAUCCCAAAGAUUGAGUCAGUAACUGAAGAAAUAGAGAUUGACACACUUGGUGGUAAUGUUGCUGAUGAACGAGUAAAAGCUGCCAAAAUGAACAUGUUUGGCAAACUCACACAAGUCACUGUUGACUGGCAUCCUGACCGUUUGCUCUGUCGGCGCUUCAAUGUCCCAAACCCUUACCCAGAGUCAUCAUUUGUUGGUGUCCGUAAGACUACAGGAGAAAAACUGUCCAUCUUUAAUGUCUUAAACGCACCUGUGGAAGACACAGCAGGCCUUCAGUCUAAAAGAUCCCAAACUUUUUCAAAAUCCGACGAGGACGAUCAGAGUGAAGACGACGAUGAUGAUGAUGGUGAUAGUUAUGAUGAUAACAAACCAGAGACAUUUGGUCUAAAGGUCCCAGUGGAUGGACCACCAACAAUGGACCUGUUUAAGGCUAUUUUCCAAGACAGUGACUCAGAGUCAGAUGAUGAAGAGAAAAAUGAAGCAGAGGGAGAAAGUGAUGCAGAAAUGUCAGAAGUGAAAGAAGAAAACACACAAAGCUCUUUUCAGUCAUCUUCUAGGUCUUCAAAGGAAGGGAAGAGUAAUGAUGUUAAUAAUCCUGUAAUGAGAUCAGUGACUGAACUUGUGUCUUCAAUAAGGGGUGAAGUGAAUAGCAGUGUAAGUAAAGAGGAGGAAGUUGGUGUGAAAGAUCCUAAGAAGAAAGUUAGGGUCAGUAGGUUUGAGCCAAAAGAAGAAGUCAAAAAAGAAGAGGACAUCCCACCCAAACACAUUUUUAUACCUCGCAAAAAAGUUUCAGAACCUAUUGAAAGUCAGCCAGCAAAAGGAAUAUUUGCAAACAUUGAUUUUGAAGCUUUAAACAGUUAUAGAAAAUUAGAUCCAGAUACUAGCAAAGCCCAGACAGAUAGCAUAAGUGAUGAUGGAGGUGCUAAGGAAGCUAUAGAAAGGAAGGACAGUGAUUCAUCUAUUGACUCUGAGGAUGAAUAUGGACCCCCCAUUCCAUCCCACCUUAAGAAUAGGAAUCAGAUGAUUAGGUCGACCCCUGUGUCCGUUACCCUCCCAAAAGAUGUAGCUACAAAGAGUGCCAGUAAAAAUUCUCCAUGGAUUGUCAAAGAAGUAAAGAGUAAGAGUUCAAAGAAGCACAAACACAAAGAUAAACAUAAGCAUAAAAAAGAGAAGAAGAAGAAGAAAAAGCAGAAGGAAAAGAAAAAGAAGCACCGCAGAAGGAGCAAGAGUGAUUCAAGUACAGACUCAUCUGACAGUGAUUAAAUUUUAAAUUAUGCAAAUA